UAAAGUUUUAAAUAAAUAUUUAUCGAUUUGAAGUUGUGGACAUUAUUGAUUCUGAGGUCAUGUGACUGCUUCCUGUGCUCUGAUUGGCUCUUGAGGAUCAGCUGACCAGACUUUGGCCUAAGGUCCAGAGUGAGGUCUGGAUCAUCAUGGACCUGGUUUUACUGGUUCUACUGGGACUGUCCUCAGCCCGGUCUGCUUCAGUGUUCCUGGAUGCAGAGCAGGCUCACCGGGUGCUGAGGUCUGGUCAAGUCCUGGUACAGUCCAUCAGAGGCUCAGACCCCGGUCCUGGUCUAGAUCCCGGUCUCGGUUCGGUCCGGUCUGUGGUCCGGUCUCGCAGGGCGAACUCGGGUUGGCUGGAGGAGCUGCAGAAAGGCGACUUGAGACGAGAAUGUGUGGAAGAAAUCUGCAGCUACGAGGAAGCACGAGAAGUAUUUGAACACACGGAGACUACUAACGAGUUCUGGAAAACGUAUCGCGUCCAAGACCCCUGCUCAUCUGGACCCUGUCAGAACGGAGGCACCUGUCUGGACCUGGGGCAGAGCUUCACCUGUCUGUGCCCCCCCAACUUCUCCGGGCUCACCUGCCAGCUCGACGACCACGCGGCUCGACGGCGCUGCCUGGUGGAGAAUGGAGGAUGUGCACAUUUCUGCGAGGAGCAGGAGGCGGGGCCAAAGUGCAGCUGCGCCGACGGGUACCACCUGGAUCAUAACCAGAUCGACUGCAACAGCUCAGAGCCCAUUGCCUGUGGGAUGGUUCCGGUUCUUGGGGACAGGUCCAGUCCGGCUCUGGACCCCAGAGCCCGGAUCGUGGGCGGAGCCGAGUGUCCGAGAGGAGAGUGUCCCUGGACGGUCUUGCUCCUGUACAAAGAGCGGCCGUUCUGUGGGGGGGUUUUUUUGAGUCCGGACUGGAUCGCGACUGCGGCCCACUGCCUGGAGGACACCAAGCAGCGCCACCUGGAGGCUGUGGCCGGGGAGCAUGACGUGGACUUGUCCGAGGGCUCGGAGCAGAGGGUCGGUGUGUCGGAGAUUCACGUGCACGAGCGCUACGAUCGGCGCACGGCGGACAAUGACAUCGCUCUGCUGCGCAUGGCCACGCCCCUCGCCGUGACAUCACACGCCGUCCCCGUGUGCCUGCCCACGAGCGCGCACGCACACACACAACUGCACAGCAAGAGCGUGCACAUGGUCAGCGGCUGGGGGCGCGUGCACGAGGCCGGACCAACCUCCAGAGUCCUGAAGAAACUACAGGUGCCUCUGGUCCGGACUCAGACCUGUCAGGACGAGACCGGUCUGGUUCUGACCCAGAACAUGAUGUGCGCCGGGUUCCUGGGGGGGCAGCAGGACUCGUGUAAGGGCGACUCGGGAGGCCCCCUGGUGGCCCAUUUCAGAGGGACCUGGUUCCUGACCGGGAUCGUGUCCUGGGGCCGAGGCUGUGCCAGACCGGGUCAGUACGGCAUCUACACACGGGUCGCCAACUACCUGGACUGGAUCAGAGCCAAGACCGGAUUGGGACCAGGAGGAGACCAGAACCAAGACCCAGGACCAGGAAAAGACCAGAGCAGUCAACCGGGUCAGACCACAUCCAAACUGAGUCAAGACCUGAACCAAGACCCGGGAUCGGACCAAAACCAGACCACAGCUGAACCGGUCCAGAAUCUGAAUCAAGAUCUAAGACCAGACAAAGACCAGACCAUAGCUGGGCAGGAGGUCAAUCAAAACCAGGUCUAUAACCAGACCGGGUCAGAACUGGACCAGGGUCUCUUCUACAAUGAGACCGGAGCUUCACAGCAAAACCAGAGUCUAACAGCGGACCAGAACCAGACCCAGACCCAGGACCAAGCAGAGUUCCAGCUCUUGUUUUCUCAGUUAGACUCAGGACUAACCCCAGAACUCAACAUGUCUCCUGCGAGGUUCUCUAUGGUCCGAGGUCUGGCCAAGGGACCCGGUCCAGUCUUGAUCCUGGCCCUGGUCCUGGUCUCUCUGGGAUCUUUUUCCAGCGCUGCAGUGUUCCUAGACCCGUCUGAGGCCCACUCGGUCCUGGUCCGGUCCAAACGGGCCAACAGCGGAUUUCUGGAGGAGCUAAAACAGGGAAACCUGGAGAGAGAGUGUGUGGAAGAAAUCUGCGACUACGAAGAAGCACGAGAAGUGUUUGAGGACGAGGCCAAGACCCGGGAGUUCUGGAGCACCUACAGGAAAACGGACCCCUGUGCCACAAACCGCUGCCAGAACAACGGCACCUGUCGCCAGACGGGGGCGUCCUACACCUGCCUGUGUCCUGAGGGCUUUGAGGGAAACCACUGUCAGACAGUGUUUGAGGACUCUCUGAAGUGCCUGUUCCAAAACGGUCGCUGUGAACAAUUCUGCGACGGCUCUGGAGCCAAACGUCGCUGCUUCUGUGCAGAAGGAUACAAGCUUGGAGAAGAUCACCGCAGCUGUGAUGCCCAAGUGGAGUUCCCGUGUGGGCAGCUGGUCCCAGACCCUGGACUGAACCAGACCCUGAGACCUCAGACCAGACUCGUGGGGUCAAACCAGUGUCCGAGGGGGCAGUGUCCCUGGCAGGUGCUGCUGGAGUUGAACCGAACGCCUCACUGUGGGGGUGCACUGAUCAGACCGGACUGGAUCCUGACUGCGGCUCACUGUGUGUCGGACCUGUCCCCCCAGAACCUGUCUGUGGUGGCAGGGGUCUUGGACGUAGAAUCCUGGUCGGGUUCUGAGCAGCGGGUCUCGGUCCGGUCUGUGGUUCUGGCUCCUGAGUACAGCUGGGUCUCUGGACACAGGGAUUUGGCUCUGAUCCAGUUAGACCAGGCCCUGAUUCUGAACCGAGACGUGGUCCCGGUCUGUCUCCCAAAUCUGGACCUGACCGAAAGAGAACUGGUCCAGACCCGGUACCACACGGUCUCAGGCUGGGGUCAGAGGACAAAUGGAGGAAAUAAGAACCCUAACUCCCAGAGUGCACCUGGAGGCCCGCACAUGAGGAAGAUGGAGGUGCCCAUUAUUCAGCAUCCUUUAUGUGUCCAAAAGUCCGGAUUGAACCUGACUGAUCACAUGAUCUGCGCCGGCUACCUGAGUGGGCGCCAAGACAGUUGCCGUGGCGACGAUGGCAGUCCACUGAUCACAGAGUUUGGCUCCACCCAUUUCCUGUUGGGCGUGGCGGGUUGGGGGCGGGGCUGUGCCGAGCCGGGGUUCUAUGGCGUCUACACCAACGUGGCCCACUUCACCGAGUGGAUCCACAAGACCCUGCGGGACCAGAACCAAGACCAGGGUCUGAGCCAGGACCAGAACCCACCUGCAGCAAGCGCACCAGGGCUGGAGCAGAGGCACGUGGAGGAGAGGAGACGAGUGUGUGAGGAGAGAGUGAAAGUCAUGCUACGGAUUUUCGGACUUCUGCUGUUCCUGGACCUGGUCCGGACUCACGGUCUGGGUCUGGGUCCAGGUCCUGGACCUGGUUCGGUCUUCGUGUCCCGGCAACAGGCCCAACAGGUUUUGGUUCGGAGCAGGAGAGCAAACUCUUUCCUGGAAGAGAUGAAAAAAGGAAACAUGGAGAGGGAGUGUGUGGAGGAACGUUGUGACUACGAGGAGGCCCGGGAGAUCUUUGAGGAUGUACAGCAGACCGACUUGUUUUGGGCGAAAUACUUUGAUGGAGAUGCCUGUGAGUCCAAUCCAUGUAUGAACCAGGGUGUGUGCAAAGACACUGCCGGGGGCUUUGAGUGUUUCUGCAGAACUGGAUUUCAAGGAGCCAACUGUGAGAUAGUGAUCCCAGAGCUGUGUGAGAACCAAAAUGGCGGCUGUGAUCACUUCUGUGAGGUGGAGCGUGGUAGCGUCAAAUGCUCGUGUGCAGACGGAUAUUUCCUUUCAUCUGAUGAGCAAACAUGUGACUCCCACGAGCCUUUUAAAUGUGGAGUCAUCAUCACAGACCACACCAGGACUGUCUUCAGGUACGAUCGGAACCAGAGCCUGAACUUAAACCAGACCCAAGAUCAGAUCAAAGACUGGGCAGAGACCUGGUUCAACGGGACCGACCUGGACUCUUCUGGAUCCAACAGAUCUGACACAGUCCACACCCUGGAUUCAACCGAGAACUCCUUUGUGAUCCCCACCCAGUUCCACCAGGAGCAGACCCAGUUGGACUCUGUUGUAGACCUGGGCCUGGGUCAAGACUUGGAUGCAGAGAAUCCAGACCUGAAUAAAGACCUGGUCCACGAGGAGCUGUUUACGUCACAGAUGGCCUCGUGGACUCGGAUCGUCAACGGAGAGGACUGUCCCCCAGGAGAGUGUCCCUGGCAGGCCUUGCUGGUGAACGAGGCAAGCAUAGGCUUUUGUGGAGGAACCAUUUUGAAUAACUUAAUUGUUCUGACGGCCGCCCACUGCAUAAACCAAUCACGGCACAUCCACGUGGUACUGGGUGAAUUCGAUACACAGGUGAAACAUGGGAAUGAAGCAGUGCAUCAGGUGGACAAGGUUCUGAUCCAUCAUAAGUACAAAUCAGACACAUAUCACAACGACAUCGCCCUAAUGAAACUCAAGACUCCAGUGACCUUCACCAAAUACAUUCUCCCAGCCUGUCUGCCCACCAGGGACUUCGCCGAGAAGGUGCUGAUGCGUGAGCCUGAUGGUCUGGUCUCAGGUUUUGGGCGCCUGGGUGAAUUAUCACGGCCGUCGUCCAUCUUGCAAAGGUUGGCGAUGCCGUACGUGGAUCGGGCGCGCUGCAUGGAGUCGACACAGUUCCGGAUCUCAGGGCGGAUGUUCUGUGCUGGAUACGAGACAGGCGGGAAGGACGCAUGCCAGGGCGACUCCGGCGGGCCUCACGUCACCCGCUUCGGAGGGACCUACUUUAUCACAGGCAUCGUAUCGUGGGGCGAGGGCUGCGCUCGCCGCGGCAAGUUUGGAGUCUACACACAGGUCUCCAAAUACAUUGGCUGGAUACGGGACGGCAUCCAGAUCUUAGUCCCACAGAAACUGGACCAGAGUCAGAACCAGAAAAGGAGGAGGAGGAGCGGACCAGCACCCAAACAGGGUUUUGUAGGAGAUGAAGAUCCACAGAGGACCAAAUGGACUGGACCAGAACAUCAGCAGAACCAAGAGAGACAAAGAAGCUUUCAGGUCCUAUAUCUGUAACACUGAGCACUAGUCCAGGACUAAAACCAGGACUAGACCAGGACUAGACCUGAACUAGACCAAAACUAAACUGACACCACAAUCACACACAAUCAAUUAGGACCUCUAAAGCACUUUUUUGAAUCACUGUUUUUUGUUUGAAAUAAAGUUCUUUUGAAAUCUUGACUCUUC